CAGGCCCCGCCUCCUUGCCGGAGCCUAGCAAGCUCGGUUGCGCGCCGAUUGCAAAAGGUGGCCCCCUCCCCUUUCCCUUUCCCUAUCGCUGCUGCUGCUGCUGCCGCCGAUGCCGGAGCUGGAGGGAAGGCGGCGGAGGCGCUAGGCCGGACUGCCUGCCUCCCUUCUUGCCCGGGCCCGGCGGGGAGGGGGCAUGGCUGCGUCGCCGGGGGCCCAGCAAGCCGCCUGGGGGCCGGGCAUGGGGGCCCUUCGCCUGCCGGAGAGAGUGGGGGGGGGAACCCUUCCCAUUUGAGCCUAGCCUCUGGCAUGUUGCGUUCUCAGCAUCUUCUCUGAUAGCUUUUGCAAAUGAAAAUGGAGGAAAUGACUUUGUCGGGCCUGGAUAACAGCAAGUUGGAGGCUGUGGCUCAUGAUAUUUAUACAGACUUGAUUGAAGAUGCAUGCCUGGGCUUAUGUUUUGAGGUACACCGGGCUGUCAAAUGUGGCUACUUUUUUCUGGAUGACACAGACCCUGAUAGUAUGAAGGACUUUGAAAUUGUAGAUCAGCCAGGGCUGGAUAUCUUUGGCCAAGUCUAUAACCAGUGGAAGAACAAGGAAUGUGUUUGCCCAAACUGCAGUCGAAGCAUUGCUGCCUCCCGCUUCGCCCCACAUUUGGAGAAGUGCCUUGGUAUGGGCAGGAACAGCAGCCGCAUCGCCAAUCGAAGGAUAGCAAGCAGUAACAACAUGAAUAAAUCCGAGAGUGAUCAAGAAGACAAUGAUGAUAUAAAUGAUAAUGACUGGUCAUAUGGAUCUGAGAAGAAAGCAAAGAAGAGAAAAUCAGAUAAGAAUCCCAAUUCCCCUCGAAGAUCCAAGUCCCUGAAACAUAAAAAUGGGGAGCUGAGUAGUAACCCAGACCCAUUUAAGUAUAACAACUCUGCUGGAAUAAACUAUGAAACACUUGGUCCUGAGGAGCUUCGUACUUUGCUUACCACGCAAUGUGGGGUGAUCUCUGAACACACCAAGAAGAUGUGUACACGGUCCCUGCGCUGUCCCCAGCACACAGAUGAACAGCGGAGGUCAGUCAGGGUCUACCUCCUGGGACCCUCUGCCUCACUUCCUGAGGCAGAAGGAAGCGUGGAGAACGACAGUUUUGAUAUGGCAGAAAGUCAAGCCCUCAUGAAUCGACUGCAGUGGGACGGAUCGUCGGAUAUCUCUCCUUCUGAUUCAGCCUCAUCAAAAGCAAGUACAAACAACUCAGAGUCCCGAAAAACCAAAAAGAAGAAACCGCACAUGAGCCUGGUUGGAGGUGCUCCCGGAAUGAGCUCCAGUAAGAAGAAACUGAAGCCUAAACCUCUGGCACCUCCCACUCCCAGCCUGUAUGAUGACAUCAAUUGAAUCAUAACACUGGGAUGAGAAAACUGGGAUGAAGGGGUUGUGCCUCAGCACCCUUCAGACCCAAUCCACAGGGAAGGCACUGGACAGUGUCCUCUCAUGCACGCUCUCGUGUACACCUCUUUUUUUAAAGAAAAAAAUUAACUGUGAAAGAGAGGUGGCUGCAUGUCUUCCCAUCUUCUCUCAAGCCUCCAGCACACAUUGCACAGCCCUUUGUGUCCACUGGAUGUGGCACAAAAGAAUCGGACUGCUUUUGGGCACCCACCCUUUCGGGGGGAAAGGGGUGGCGGUGGUUUGAGGUGGGGAGCCGGAGGAUGGCCGACACCUCCAUCAGUUGGAGAGUAGCCAUUUUUCCUCCUCCCCCAUGUUCAACCCAUGUCUAUUUAUUGUGAUGUUAGUGGAUGUUCAAUCAUGAUUAUAUAUCCAGUGGCAUUGUGUCACUUCGCAACGCUAGACUCUGACUGGACAGGUUUGGGAGGUGUGACCCCGUGUGUCUGAUAUGGAAGGGCCCGAGGAAGAAAGAAGGACAGUGGAUGUUCUUCAGCACCUGCCCUUCCUUCCAGGUCUCUGCUUCAGCAGCCUCCUUUUCGUUCUGAGAGGCGUCACAAGAUCUUGAAUUGUCCUCUUCCUUGCCGAGCUUUUGUGGUGCUCUGUUGUUGAAAAGGAUGUUUUUUAAGCCACACUUUGCUCCCCUUUGCCCCCCGUGUUGCGGCCUUCCUCCAUUUACUGAAUGAGUUUGGGCGAGGCGGAGAAUUUGAAACUGUUGCCGCUACUAUAUCACUAUUGCUUCCUUCCCAGACGGUAUGUGCUUCGUCACCAAUGGGAUUUUGUAUGAAGCAAUAUUAAGAAUGGACAUGAUGAUAUGGGCAUUUCCUCCCAAUGUGUGUCAGGAAGCUGGUGCAGUUGAUGGCUCUUUCAUCCAUUGGGACACACAUUUGCAAUCCUGAGAAGCCAGUACUGUAAAGACCGGCAUUGGUUUAUGCACAUCUUGUAUUUAAAUACAAAUCUUCAUAUGUGCCCAACAACUGGCUUUCAAAUGGAACUGUUGUUGAAUUUUAAAAUAGCGGUAUUUAACAUUCCACGAGAGAAAUUCAUGGAAACCGAGCAGGAAGGCUGUGUUGAGGUCUGCGGUGUUCGUCUUUAAUUCUUCCCUGUCAUGGUACGCGUGAGGGAAAGAAUUAUUUAUUCUUAGGAAAUUUGAAGAAAUCUUGCUGGAGUAUUAGAGCCAAACUUAGGGGAAAAGGGGUGAAGUGCAUACUUUAGAUUAGUAGUUACUUUUUUUCUCUCCAUUUCACCUAUUCCUGGCUCCAAUUUUAUCCUUUCUACAAACCGCUGCAGUUUUAAAUCUAGUGCCAUAAAUCAUGGUGGUCCUAAAGGUAUUGAUAUAGGCUUGAAAUGUUAAAGCUGCUUCUGGAGGUAGGUUUUCCGUCCGCUCAUGCGCUUUCCUUUAACAUCCCUUCCUGGAUCUUAACAAGAUUUAGAAUAGAAAGACAUGUGCUUCCCAACAAGCUCUGCAGAAGUCAGACAAAUGCUUGUGAAUAUACACCAAGGGAAUUUCUUGAUCAUUCUUCUCUGCUCCUUUGUCCCACAUUAUGCAGUCUCUACGUGUGUAUGUGUGCGGAGAGGAUGGUUGCCUCCUACAGAAUUAUCAUCAGAAUUCCUUAUACUUUGGAUAAGACAACAGACCACUUUCACCUAUGUGGUUAUGGAUUAUAGCUUGUAUGUUGGCACUGGAAAUCCAAAGAUGCAACAAUAUUUUCUAGCUGUACUGGUUCUCUGGAUUAGGAUCGCCAAGCACUUCCGUGCAAUUUAGUCUUUUCUCCUUUCUUCUUCUACUAGAAAAACCACCUUCAGUUACAUUUAGGUGAAAGGUCUGUCUUGGCUGCUACUAAAAUCCUUAGGCUCAGUUCUAUAACCGGCUCAGUAGGCUGUUUCACCUACAGUCCUAAAGCAGAACAGUUUUGCCACAUUAUGGAGACUCUUGAAGGCCAUAAUGGUUGAUGGUGAAUCUGUAGCUAGCCAUUUUUCACUCUUUCACUUCUCCCCCAGAGCCACGUAGGGAGAUUGAGCACUAUGGUGAGCAAAACCUCUCUGUUUUGUGGAGGUUUAGUAAAUUCGGGCAAAAAUCAGCAAUAGUUUUUUGGCCUGAGGGCUCUUGCAGGAUUUAAGCUCUUCCCUUUGCCUUUAUCUCUGCUCUGCAGGCUGCCUGCAUUCCUCAGAAUUUCAUUGAUUCCUUCAUGUGGCAUAACAAGCCAUUGCAUUGGUGUUGGGAACCUUUGAGUGCUGGCUCCUAAGCAGCUUUCUCUCCAGAGCUGGCUUUUGCUGCUGUAUUUCCCCUCCCUGGAUGCUGCAGGCCCUGUGGCUGCUUUAACUUGCCUCUGUGCCAUCUGUGCUAGCAGUUAAUGCCAACCAAGAGGACAGUCGCCCUUGCCUCCUCCUGUUUUCAUUGAGCCCUCAGAGGUUGUGUAGUUCAAAUGCUGGCUGCCAUGUUGGUGGUGGAUCUGUCGCCCUUGCAGACCCUGAGCACGAGGUGCAUGUAAUUGAUGGUGGCGAAAACUAUGUAAGGACUGGAAAAUGGCUAGCCUGUGCAGCAAGUUAACACUAUUAAGUUUGUUUACUUUCCUCACCCCUCCUUCACACUUUUCUCCCUGGGUAAAAGGUCUGUGAUACUCAGUGCAUCUUCAGGACCAAGGUUAGACCUUGUUUGCUUUGUGAGCUGGAGAUAGGAAGGCUAGUACCAAAAUAGGAGUAGCCUUACUUAUGUGAAACCUGCAAAAAUUGUUCCAGCUUGUUGUCAUCAGGUCAAAUCUACCAAAUAUCAGUUCUGUAUGUCUAGAUACCAAGACUUACCGUUAUGCUUUAGCAGGUAUUUCUAAAAUCACAAUCCAGUAUUCUGAGAAAUCCAUGUAAGCAUGGCUCAUACUGGCACAUUUUAAAGUGAAUUACUGGAUAAUCGGUGAGAAGGAAAGAGGUAAACUUGGAUUCUAACCAGGAUCACUUCUAUUCUGUGCCUGACAACCAGUUCAGGCCACUCAUGAAAUUGCUGACCACUUUUGCUCACUCGCUGCAUUGUGUCGGUGGCCAGAACGGAAGAACAGAUCCUUGCUUUACCUGUGCAAUUGCAACUGAAGCAUAUGGGAGUCUUGUUGUAGAUGCCUUGGGAAGUAUAGCAUCUGGGGAAUUUUUGAACAUUAAUUUAGCAGUGGGGAGGACAGGUCUUUUUUAUAUAUGGCUCUGUAUCUGCACUUGCACCCUUUAUUUUUUAAGAUAGGCCUGUUUCACUUGAAGAAAAAAACUCAUGUAUUCUAUCAUGACUGAUGAGAGGUUUUUAAUUUGUCAGUGAUAACUUAAAAACUGCACCUAUGUGAUAUUUUUGAACGCGUGCAGAAAAAUCAACGGAUUAAGUACUGUACUGUGGUCUCUGAUUUUUUUAAAAAAAUGUUUUUUGUGUAUGUAAUCUCAGCUUGUACAGGUAGGUAGAUAGACUUUAAAAAUACUGUCAGAUCUGUAUUAUUUUUUUUCUGCCCAUCCAUGGAUUGUGGCAUGCCUGUGUAAAUAAACUGUAACUCUGCUUGGUA